GACGGAAGAACAAGCAAGACAUCCCUCACCUCAAUGUCCUAAACAGAUCUGUUGAUCAAACCGGAACUGACAAUCUAUUUCGAUAGUUAAAGGCCUAAGUGAAGUAUCUUCAUUUACCCACCAUCUUUGGUAACAGCUUCGCGUCGGUUGACUGCUUCUAUUCGAAGGGCGUUUUUAGGGUGUUGACUCAAACCAGACUGAUGAUUUCCAGCUCAGCGAUUGUAAAAGGGACCCGUUCCGUCAAGUGCAUCAGAACAUUACACACUACGCUCAGUGUCAACAUGCCUAUCAAGGUUGGAGAAAAGCUUCCGGCUGUUGAGGUUCAGGAGAAUGAACCUGGCUGUAAGGUGUCUAUGGACCAGCUGUUCAAGGGAAAGAAAGGAGUUCUUUUUGCUGUGCCAGGGGCCUUUACUCCUGGGUGUUCCAAGACCCACCUUCCCGGGUUUGUGGAGCAGGCAGCGCAGCUGAAGAGCAAGGGUGUGCAGGAGGUGGCCUGCAUCUCUGUGAAUGACGCAUUUGUCAUGGCUGCUUGGGGAAAGGAGCAUGGAGCAGAGGGCAAGGUGCGAAUGCUGGCGGAUUCUACUGGAGCAUUCACCAAGGCAGUGGACUUGAUGCUGGAUAGCGAUCAAAUUGUGGCUGCGCUUGGAAACAAGCGCUCUCAGAGGUACGCUAUGGUGGUGGAGGAUGGAGUCGUGAAGAAGCUCAAUGUGGAACCCGAUGGUACUGGGCUCACCUGCAGCCUGGCCUCCAACAUGCUCUCUGAGCUAUUGUAGGCCUGUUGGGACAAGGUCCCACCUAGCAGGCUUCAAAAUUAAGCUAAAACGCACAACCAUACUACUUUACCUGACCUCUCUUUCCACUUGCGUGUGCAGCAGAAGGACGUAGAUGUGGCUUAAAGCAGUGGUUCUCAAAUCUUUCCUGGGGACUCCAGACCUAGCAUUCCCAAAUGAACUAAUCAAGCCCUUGACUACUUCUGAUGAACUAGUUCAGGAUGACAAAUUCAGUGUGAUGUCUCCGGGCCUCAAGAGAAGUGAACCACUGGUUUAUGCAUAGUUGUUUCCUGCUUCAUAUGCUGUAGUUCAAAACUGUGAUUUAGAAAGUAUAGAUGUGCCCAACAUGUAAUGACUGCAAGUAAAUAUGAGUUCUUGUGUGCUAUUUCCAAUGGGCUUGGAGACCUUCUGGAAGGUUGUGGGACAGUCCCACAUGAAGCCAUUUCUGGCUGCUCAGGGAGAUUUGUUUUGGCAUUUUAAAACCAGGUGUCAUGUGUUUUGAUUUUGAUGUUAGCCCGGUCACUAGAAAAAACUAUAUGUUAAAUGAACGGAAUGGCACAUGUCCUACCUUUCUAUACACUUUCAAGUCUGUUACUUAAUAAAGUUUACACUGUCAGCAAUA